CCCUUCGUUUAUUAGUCCUUCUCAUUUUAAGGGCUGGGUCCUUUUUGUUCCCUAUUGCUUACGGUAGCAGUUUCCGUGCGGAAGUGGUAGCUCUGAGAGAAGAAGAUGGCGGCCACUGUGGCCGCACCGGGUAGUGUGGCGGCGACAAGUCGGGUCAACAAGUGGGGUGGCGGCGGGCCGGGAGGCGGCAGUGGCGGUGGUGGAGGAGCCAGAGCGGCAGAGGAAGAACCGCCGCCGCCUCUGCAAGCAGUUCUGGUGGCCGAUAGCUUCAACCGCCGCUUCUUCCCCAUCUCCAAAGACCAGCCUCGGGUCCUCUUGCCCCUGGCCAACGUGGCACUAAUUGACUAUACUCUGGAAUUCCUCACUGCCACAGGUGUACAAGAAACUUUUGUCUUUUGUUGCUGGAAGGCAGCUCAAAUCAAGGAACAUUUACUGAAGUCCAAGUGGUGCCGACCUACAUCCCUCAAUGUGGUUCGGAUAAUUACAUCAGAACUAUAUCGAUCACUGGGAGAUGUUCUUCGUGAUGUUGAUGCCAAGGCCUUGGUGUGCUCGGACUUUCUUCUGGUGUAUGGGGAUGUCGUCUCAAACAUCAAUAUUACAAGAGCCCUGGAGGAACACAGGUUGAGGCGAAAGCUAGAUAAAAAUGUUUCUGUGAUGACAAUGAUCUUCAAGGAAUCAUCCCCCAGCCACCCAACUCGUUGCCAUGAGGACAGUGUGGUAGUGGCUGCAGAUAGUGCCACAAACCGGAUUCUCCAUUUCCAGAAGACCCAAGGCCUCCGGCGUUUUUCUUUUCCCCUGACCUUAUUUCAGGGCAGUGGAGAUGGGGUGGAGAUUCGCUAUGAUUUACUGGAUUGUCAUAUCAGCAUCUGCUCUCCUCAGGUGGCUCAACUCUUUACAGACAACUUUGACUACCAGACUCGAGAUGACUUUGUGCGAGGCCUAUUAGUGAAUGAGGAGAUCCUAGGGAACCAGAUCCAUAUGUACGUAACAAGCAGGGAAUAUGGUGCCCGGGUCUCCAACCUACACAUGUAUGCGGCAGUCUGUGCUGAUGUCAUCCGCCGAUGGGUCUACCCUCUCACCCCAGAAGUGAAUUUCACUGAUAGCAUCACACAGAGCUGCAUUCAUUCUCGGCACAACAUCUACCGAGGGUCUGAGGUCAGCCUGGGCCAUGGCAGCAUCCUGGAGGAAAACGUGCUCCUGGGCUCUGGCACUGUCAUUGGCAGCAAUUGCUCCAUCACCAACAGUGUCAUUGGCCCUGGCUGCCACAUUGGUGAUAACGUGGUACUGGAUCAGGCCUACCUGUGGCGGGGUGUCCGAGUGGCUGCUGGAGCACAGAUCCAUCAGUCUCUGCUGUGUGACAAUGCUGAGGUCAAGGAACGAGUGACAUUGAAGCCACACUGUGUCCUCACUUCCCAGGUGGUGGUAGGCCCAGACAUCAUCCUACCUGAGGGCUCAGUGAUCUCUUUGCACCCUCCAGACGCAGAGGAAGAUGAGGAUGAUGGCCAGUUCAGUGAUGAUUCUGGAGCCGACCAAGAAAGAGAGAAAGUGAAGCUGAAAGGUUACAAUCCAGCAGAAGUAGGAGUUGCAGGCCAGGGCUACCUCUGGAAAGCUGCAGAUAUGAACAUGGAGGAAGAGGAGGAACUACGACAAGAUCUGUGGGGACUUAAAAUCAGCAUGGAAGAAGAGAGUGAAACUGAAAGUGAGCAUAGUAUGGAUUCUGAGGAGCUGGACAGCCGGGCAGGCUCCCCACAAAUGGAUGAUAUCAAGGUGUUCCAGAAUGAAGUCCUGGGAACACUACAGCGUGGAAAAGAGGAGAACAUUUCUUGUGACAAUUUAGUCCUGGAAAUCAACUCUCUCAAGUACGCCUACAACAUAAGCCUAAAGGAAGUGAUGCAGGUGCUGAGCCACGUGGUCCUGGAGUUCCCCUUGCAGCAAAUGGACUCCCCACUUGACCCAAACCACUACUGUGCCCUGCUACUUCCACUGCUCAAAACCUGGAGCCCUGUAUUUCGGAACUACAUAAAGCGUGCAACUGACCAUUUGGAAGCCUUGGCAGCAAUUGAGGACUUCUUCCUGGAGCAUGAAGUUCUUGGUACUUCCGUGGCCAAGGUGCUCAUGGCUUUCUACCAGCUGGAAAUCCUGGCUGAGGAAACCAUCUUGAGCUGGUUCAACCAAAGGGAUACAACUGAUAAAGGCCGGCAAUUACGCAAGAAUCAACAGCUGCAGCGGUUCAUCCAGUGGCUCCAGGAGGCAGAAGAGGAGUCAUCUGAAGAUGACUGAAGUCAUACUGGCACUCCUGGCUCCUGGGCCAGGUCAAGUGAGGAGCUAUUUACAGGAUGGAUGACUACCAUCUGGGCUAAGACUUGAAAGAGCAGAGGCUGCAACUACAGUAUUCUUCCCCCUGCCAGCAACCAUGUGCCUCUCAUCCUGAAUGGGGAGUUGGGAUGAGGGAAGAUGGGCUGGAAUAAAGCUUCUGCCUGGGGAGAACUAGACAAGCCCUGCAGUUGGAGGAGGGCCAGAGGGACCACUUUGUGCUCUGGCUUUCCCUUAGGGAACAGCAGAGAGCAGCUGGCCUCUGCUGUGUGUAUUUGUUAAUAAUUAAAAGAGAGAGAAUGAUGUA